CAAAUCAGCCCUUACAGGUCCUGUCCACCCCCUCUUCCUCUGGGACACUGCUGGAUCUGUCCCUCCUCCUCAGACACUUGCUGAAUGAAAACAGGGCUCUUUUGAAGAAGCACUAAUAAGAGUUAACGACUGUUGAGAUGGAGAGGAGAGCAGCGCUGUUCCUGGUUCUCGCUCUGGUCAAGAUAAGCUGUUGUUGUCUGGAUCCUCCUGCUGCCUACAGGUUUACGGGAGCUGUUUGUAGGCUAACAUAUCCUGCCGCUGUAGUCUUGAACGAGAAAACUACUGAAGUCAUACAGGCCGCUUUCCAGCAUGCCAAAUAUCCCAGUGUACAGGGAGAACGAUCAAUAGGCUUUGGGACGGUCAAAUACGGAUUCCACGACUUAGAGAUUCACAACCUCUCCAUCGGAAAGAGCCAGUUUGAGCUGAAGGAGAAUGUAGGGAUCGGGAUCGCCAUUUCAAACGUGUAUGCUGUAUUUAAAGGGACCAUCAACUAUGGAUAUGGCAGCUGGCUACUCAGCUUAAACCAAUCAGUGGAUUUUGAAGUUGAGUCUCAAAUUGACCUUGUAAUCAAUCCAAAGCUAUACUGUGGUAAAGGCAAAGUGGCCGCAGACACGUCCGACUGUUACCUCACAUUUCACAAACUGAAGCUGCUUCUGCAAGGAGACAGAGAGCCAGGCUGGAUGAAAAAGAUGUUUACAGAUAUUGUGACUUUCACAGUGAAGUUAGUUGUGAAGUCACAGAUCUGCAAGGAGAUAAACAGUGUGGCCAACAUACUAGCAGACUUCAUACAGGAGCAAGCAGAGCAGUUUCUUAGUGAUGGAGGCAUCGGUGUGGACAUCUCUGUGACUUCUUCUCCAGUGAUCAAAUCGAAUUAUAUAGAAUCAUACCAUAAGGGUUUGGUUACUUUUAGUAAUGAGACAUCAGACUUGAGCAACUCUGUGUUUCACCCUUCUCAACUGUCUGAGAGCCGCAUGCUUUACUUCUGGUUCUCUGAUGGCCUUCUAGACCCGUUAUUGGGUGCCGUCCAUAAUGACGGACGUUUUGUGCGCAGUAUCUCUGCAACAGAACUCACGGAUCUGUUUCAGACUGAGCUGUCUACAGCCAGGCCUGAACUGUUGAGCAAGUGGCUUUCUUCUGAGGGUCCGGUGUUAAAGGCGAGGAGUGUAUCGGUUCCACACUUAUGGACCACCACACAGGGCACAUCAGUCAGAGCCGUGGCUGGAGUUCAGCUCUUACUGAAUGGUCAAGAGAUGCCAGUGCUUUAUUUUGAGACAGAUGUAACAGUUGUUGUAAAUGCCUCAUAUGCAGAGAAGAAACUAAUUCUGAAGGCCACUGCAGAGCGUAUCUCUAUAACAAAGGUUUCAUCAUCAGAAGGAGCAAUUGAGAUGGAGGACAGCUUGAGAGCUUAUCUGCAGGAGGCUGUGGAGAAGAUGGGAAUCCCCAAAGUUCUGUCAUACCUGGAGGUAGAAUUGACCUCUUUGAUGGAUGAACAGGGGCUCAAUCUUUUUGACAUCUUCAAUCCCGAAGUUGUACCUCAGGACGGUUAUGUGAUGGUACAGCUGGAUUUUGGAUUUCCACAACAUCUACUGGUUGAGUUCCUCAAAAGGACGCUGGAUUGACAGUUUUUUAUAUUUCUACAUAGUUUGUAGAAAUAGUUUGAGAAAUACACACACAGACACACACACAAAUACAAUUGACUACAUAACUAUAUAUUUAGUGUAACUAUUGAGCAUCCAAACGUUUGUAAAUACGAAAGUGUCAAUCAUCAUGAUCUUGUUUUUUGUACAUGUCCUUUAGUAAUAUUAUCUGAUGACCUUCAUAAUGUUAUUUAGAGGUUGUGUUACCAAUAUUAAACAUUUCCUGAUGCUGUCUCACAUAAUUGCAUGUAGCAGCUUUCUGGUUAAACCUGUUUUUCUUUUUC